AUGUGUGAACUGUCCUCUGCUCUCACUGACACUAUUACUGCCGCUUACACUUCAGAUCAGAUUGAGCUCAACUUUUCCAUACCAGAAGGUGUACCCAAUGGUACGCUCAUAGGUAUCAUCAAAUCAUACAACGCUUCCGUCCAUUUCCAGCCGCCAUAUCUCAUAGUUCCCGUUCCCGGAGGUAAUGGUGGAGGAGGUGUAGACUCUGAUCUAGACAUAGACCAGUCGACGGGUGAAAUACGGACAGCCAUCCCAUUGGAUCGGGAAGAGCGCAGUUACUACUCGUUCAUUGCAUUACCAUUAAGUGGUGUCGUCAUUAAAGUCACGAUUACAAUUGAAGACAUUAACGAUAAUUCGCCAAAAUUUCCAACAAAUGAAAUCGAUUUAGAAUUUCCUGAAAAUAGUAAACCCAGAGAUGUUAAGCGGACACUACCGCCGGCCAGGGAUCUAGAUUUAGGCGAUUUUGGGACUCAAAAGUAUCGCAUAGUAUCGGGAAAUGUCGGAAACGCUUUCCGGCUGUUAAGUCACAGGGAAAAGGAUGACGUCCUGUAUCUGGAUCUUCAGGUGAACGGUCCUCUCGAUAGGGAGACGACUGCCAACUAUACUCUCGUGAUUGAGGCUCUCGAUGGCGGACAACCACAGCUCAGGGAUGAGAUGACUGUUAGGAUUUCAAUUUUGGAUCACAACGACUGCGAACCCGUGUUCAGUGAAAGUCAUUAUUACGGAAAUGUGGCCGAAAAUGUCACUUUGGGAACACCACUCUUGAGGGUUAAGGCGACCGACAAUGAUCAGGGAGACAAUGGACUCAUCACAUAUUCAUUGCAUAGUAAACCGCUAUCAGGUUUGUCGCCGUAUUUCGAGAUCAACCGACACAACGGCUGGAUAUUUGUGGCCAAAGCACUGGAUUUUGAGAGCAAAGAGAUACACGAGUUGGUGGUCAUCGCUAGAGAUUCCGGCGCUCAGCCAUUGGAGACGUCGGCGUUAGUGUCCAUACGUGUGACGGAUGUGAACGACAAUCAGCCGACGUUUAGUCUACUCUUUCUAACGGAGAACGCGAGACAAGAAAUACCCGAAAAUGCAAAAAUAGGUGAUUUAGUGGCCAGGGUUUCGGUCAACGACGCCGACUCCAGUGACUUCUCCAUCAACGCCAAGAAUAAAGAAGAUCACAAUCGACUGUCAGUUUCUUUAACGGGAAAUGACGACAGCUUUGGUCUCACCACUCAAGACAACGUUAUAUAUCUAAUUGUGGUGACCGGACCGCUCGACCGCGACAUCAAAUCCCAGUAUAAUCUGACAGUAAUGGUCAGCGAUCACGGCGUUCCUCCACUUAACAAGUCCUCGAGUUUCUUAGUCGAUAUCUUGGAACAGAUCGAGACUACAGUAAAGCCAAUCGAUGCCAGAGAUAGUGCGCCUGUCGUCACAAUCCAUACGUUGGACACAUCGAGUGAAACCAUUUACCACACCAUUUCAUUUUCCGGCGCAUCCAAUGCCACCACACAAUCCGAAGACAGGGGAACGCAACCAAUAGGCGCGACACCCAAAUCGACAGUACUCUACCACGUGGUCAACGCCACAUCGGUUCCCGGGGUGACAAUUAUGGGCGCCACCAGUAAUUCUACGUGGAAUUCCAGUGGCGGACCCUCAAACUCAACACUACUUUCGAGCACAUUCUUGGGAACAGUUAACUCGCCAUCGAUUCCCAGUUGGAUACUAUUCUUAAUAGUACUCCUGAUGUUGACAACAGUUAUAUUGAUGGCCAGUAUUGUUGUCAUAUGUCUUAAUCAACAUCAGCAGCAAAAGCAGAUAAUGUCAGAUCAUAUCAGACACAUCGGACCUCACAGUAUGGGCUCAUUCAUGCAGAGCAUGGGAUCGAUGGUCGGAACAGAUCCCAAAGAUUUGACAUAUCAUUCACAUCACACACCGAAUUACGGCUCAGCGCCACCGGCGCCGCCGCCCUGUUAUAACGACCUGACACUGCCCUCCAACGCCGUCCUCAGCAGUUCAGCUGAAGGACACUCGGCCUCCAGCGGACGCGGAUCUGUUGACGGCGACGAAGUGGAAGUCGAUAUGGACGACGUGGACGAAGAGGUUCGCAUGAUUAACGAAUCGGGCAAUUAUUAUCGCGACGACGACGACAGCGAAGUGACCACAACUGCCCUCUACUUCGCACGACUCGGUGUUAUCAACCAUAACGAAGAGGAACGGGAGGACACGUCCACCGCUGUAGACGACGAAGAGGAAGAUUUAGUGUUGGAUAAGAUGGCAAACAUUAUCGAUAGUUCGCUGAGUAUUAACAGUAUAAUAGAGCAACAGAACCGAAACAACGCCCUAAACAAUGGCACACAAUCUUACGGCUCGUUGUCAUCGAUAUUGCAUUCAGAAGAAGAGUUAAGUGGUUCCUAUAAUUGGGAUUACCUUCAAAACUGGGGCCCAAAGUAUUUGCCAUUGGCCUCAGUGUUCGCCGAAGUCGCCAGACUUAAGGCCUCCAAUAGAGACGGCGAACAGAUUGAAGGAUCUAUUAGAAGCACUUCCACGGCGUCGUCACAGAAGACGGCGAAUCGCCAUCACUUGUCGGUUCACUCGACACCGCCAACAAUGACAACCCCUUCCAUUAACAAUGGUUUUCAUUCACUGUCUCCGCGAAACUCCAUUGGAUUCACUAAUGGCCUGAGUAUUGGAUCGCACGGAGAGCCAGACAUUCAGUCGAUUGAGGCUCAGAUGGCCGUCGAGAGGGCGUCCACCAGAAGCUCAUCGGCCGCUUCAUCCCAUCACACGUCACAAAACAGACAUCAUUUGGCCCUUCACUCCAACUCUAGUCGAUACUCACAUCCACUCAAUAUGUCUUCUAAUAACAAGACAAUAGCUUUUAGUAAUGGUAUGAGUAUUGGCACACAUGGAGGAGAAUCAGAGCACCUGUCCGUUGAGACCCAUAUGCCGCUCGACAACGGGUCAGUCACCCGGAGCUCAUCGGCCGCCUCUUCGCAUAAGACAAACAACAGUAGACAUCACAUGCCGUUUCCAAACCAUCGAUUAUCGCAUUCCUCUUCCUCACCAUUUGUGGUCACAUCGAUGUCUGGCUUCCAAUCGCUAUCACCGCUGAACUCAUCGCCUAAUAUGGAAAUAAAUGACUUGAAUAAUGGUUUGCAUAUCGAUGAAGAGAUCACCAUUUGA